AUGCCACUUGGGUGGAAGGAAAGUUCCCCCAUCCCGAUCGAUGGGCGCGGCGUCGAAAUCAUCGCCGAUCAGUCACCCCUCCCUCUCAGGGCUGUACGAUCUCUGGCAAGGCAUUGGACAGGCUCCUCUUGUGUUUUUAUGUUUUGUUUUUAUGGCGAUUGUUUCCCGAUGAUAGGCAUCAUCUCCAUGAGCCAGCCCUCUGAGGGGCGGCCACACCGCCGCCGCCGACGACGCAUGGUGGCUUUAGCUUUGACAGGUCGCGUGGAGUUGGUCAGAGCGGAGGGCGAGUCGGAACUUGGCUACCGCAGAGCCUCGACAACAGAGCCGCAGGAGCCUCCACGUGAUUGGCAUGCGUGA